CCUGCCAAAUAGUUUUGCUUGUUAAAGAUCUCACUUUGCAGGGACACAAACCUCUGACGUCAUCAACCAGCGACGCCAUCUUUGAGGGACAAUUUUUUUUGUAUUUACAACAUGGCGUCGGUGGAUUUCAGAGACAACCUGCUGGGCAUCUCCUGGGUGGACAGUAGUCUGGUGCCUAAUCUAAACCCUUCAAGUGUACUGGAGUAUUUCUCUGAGAGAAGUAACCCCUUUUACGACAGAACUUGUAAUAACGAAAUGGUGAAGAUGCAGAGGCUCUCUCUGGAACACCUCAAUCAGAUGGUGGGAGUGGAGUACAUUCUUCUCCAUGCACAAGAGCCAAUUCUUUACAUUGUCCGCAAACAACAGAGACAGUCACCCACACAAGUGAUUCCCUUGGCUGACUACUACAUCAUAAUAGGAGUGGUCUAUCAGGCACCAGAUCUUGGCACUGUCAUCAGCUCCAGAGCGCUCUCUGCUGUUCAUGGAAUCCAGUCAGCGUUUGACGAAGCCAUGUCCUACUGUCGCUACCACCCCUCCAAAGGAUACUGGUGGCACUUCAAGGACCAGGAGGAGAGAGAAAAAGCCAAGCCUAAGUCUAAAAAGAAAGAGGAGCCUGGUUCGCUGUUUCAAAGACACCGUGUGGACACACUCCUGUUGGACCUCAGGGCCAAAUUUCCACCGACUUUCUAUCAGCCUAAGCCGGGAGAGAAGCCCAUUCCAGUGGAAGUGAAGAAAGAGCCUGAACCACUCACAGAAACCGUCAAACAAGAGGAACGGGAGCAGGCCACAAAAUCUGCGGCCCCCGCACCUGCGAGCAAACCCCCUCCUGAGAAACGAGCCAGGCUGCAAUGACGGCCCUUGGGAGCUCUUCUACUCUGCCCCUCCGCUGUGUUUACAGGGUGAUGAACCGUGUCAGUGUCCGGACGACUUGCACGCUGCAAAAUGAAAUCAUGAUGACGUGGUCCCAGAUGGAAUGUCAGCAAGCAUUGGACAGUGAGCUAAGUGACGUCACUCGCCAUUUCUGGUUCAAGGAUGACUUUCAUCCCCGCUCUGCUCUCAGGAAGAUGUCAUGCUUCUCUCGUCAUUCCAGUUUUCAGUGUUUUGUGUUGUAAAUAUAUCAGCUAUUGUCUGCUAGUGUGCGUUUAGUAUGUUUCAAAAUUAGUUAGAAUCAGAUGGAAAUGUUUCUGUUGUGAUUAUUCCUAAUUCUAAAUGGGUUUUGUGGGUCAUGUUCAAAUAACAUGGAUCGGUUGUUACUAGGGAUGUCCGAUAUUAUCGGACUGACGAUAUUAUCGGCCGAUAAAUGCCUUAAAAUGUAAUAUUGGAAAUUAUCGGUUUCAAAAAGUAAAAUGUAUGACUUUUUAAAACGCCGCUGUGUACACGGACGUAAGGAGAAAUACAGAGCGCCAAUAAACCUUAAAGGCACUACCUUUGCAUGCCGGCCCAGUCACAUAAUAUCUACGGCUUUUCACACACACAAGUGAAUGCAAGUCAUAUUUGGUCAACAGCCAUACAGGUCACACUGAGGGUGGCCGUAUAAACAACUUUAAUAUGCGCCACACUGUGAACCCACACCAAACAAGAAUGACAAACACAUUUCGGGAGAACAUCCGCACCGUAACACAACAUAAACACAACAGAACAAAUACCCAGAACCCCUUGCAGCACUAACUCUUCCGGGACGCUACAAUAUACGCUACCCCCUACCUCCACCUCCUCAUGCUCUCUCAGGGAGAGCAUGUCCCAAAUUCCAAGCUGCUGUCUUGAGGCAUGUUAAAAAAAAUAAUGCACUUUGUGACUUCAAUAAUAAAUAUGGCAGUGCCAUGUUGGCAUUUUUUUUUCCAUAA